CCCAAGCUACCCGUCGUGCCGACUUCUCUCUUUCUCGUGUGACGUUUCGUCCUUUGCCGCAACCUUUGUGAUACCCAAUACGCGCCUGGUCCGAUCCUCUCAUUCGGGCUCUUAGACAAGACUCAAAGGGCCAUAUUCAGUCCCCAAAACCUGAUCACGACAUCCCUUCCUUCAGCUCCUCGCGACAAGGAUAGCCUCCCAACCGCAUCACACUCUGAUCCCACGGGUUCCUAAACCGCGAUCAUGACCCGAUACAAGAGCACUCCCCUCUACGGUGGCGCUCUGGUCUCUGACCUGCCUGAAAAGUUCGCAGACGUCAGCAAACUUCGUGAGGUCCCCGACAACCAGGAGGUUUGGAUCGACUCGGACGGCUUCACGAGCAUCAUCUUUGACAUCACGGAGCGCGUCGGCCCAGCAGGGAGCAGCCCCGAGAUUGACGGACGCGCCAUGACGACCCAUCUCGAGGAGCUCGUCGGCGAAGAUAUCGACACCGUCAAGGUGUGGAACACGACCGAGACAUCGUUCUCAAGGCUCAGCCCCGACGUUCCCGCUUACACCCUUAUCGCGACCCAGACCCCCCAUGCCCAGUCCGGCUCCAAGUCCGGUUCGUCGGCCCCCGACUUCACGGCCAUCAUCCUGACAUUGCUCCGCCUCGAGAAGGAGUCAACCGACAUCCUCGUUACCAUCAACGUGCCGCAUAUCAAGGGCGAGUACGAUGAGGCCGACGUCGACCUCGAGCUUGGCAAGCAGGGCAAACUCAUUGGUGAUGCCGUUGAGUACGCUGCUCGCAUUUGGGAGACCUUCAAGGUCAAGGACUGGACGCUGUUCCAAGAGGUUUAAGGGCGGCAAUGGGCAAGGGUAUUCGCUUGGCCUACCUGAAAGCUCUGCAAAGUGUUGAAAUGAUGACACCGCGCGAGAUGCUGCGAACAGACGACUGGGUUGAUGGUUACUGUCCGUUCCACUUGUACAGGCGUUCGGGGCGGCUGGGACUUUUUUGCACGCGAAGUGGACGAUUGGACUUGGGUAUGAUAAAUGAGAGCGAGGUCAGGUCACAAUCUACUUGAUCCCGCCCGGGACUGUUCAUGUUUCGACGAUGAAUUAGGAUUUGUGAAGCAACGUCCGAUUCUGCGCUCCCAACUCCAGU